UUUUUCUCAUCAUCGUAUUGAAAUCCCACCUACAAUGUGGGUUAACGCUGCUCAUAGAAAUGGCACGAGAGUACUUGGAAAUUUUCUCACAGAACGUGCAGCUGGUUCUAAAGAUAUGGAAUUAUUAAUAAAUGGACCAGAUGGUAAAAUAAAUGAGGAUGGUUUUAAUCCAUUUUUUGCCGAUAAACUCGUUCAAAUGGCUGUAUAUUAUAAUUUUGACGGAUGGUUUAUUAAUGUUGAAUCUGAUAUGAUUGGAGGAGAAAGAGCUGCACGAAAACUUAUUCAAUGGUAUGAUUCUUUAACCACCGCUGGAAAAAUAAAAUAUCAAAAUAUAUUAAAUGAUAAAAAUAAUCCCUUUUUCAAUGUUUGUGAUGGAUUGUUUACCAAUUAUUGGUAUGAUAAAAAUGGACCUGCAAUUUCUGCUAUGACAGCUGGUUCAAGAAGUCGUGAUGUUUAUACUGGUAUUGAUACUUAUGGACGUGGAACUUACGGAGGUGGAGGAUUUAAUACUUUUUUGGCAUUAGAAGCUAUUAAAUAUGGGAGAACAUCUGCAGGAAUAUUUGCUCCAGCUUGGACUUUCUUUGAAGUGCCAGGUGACAUUUUUGCUAAUGAUCGAUUGUUUUGGGUUGGUAGUCCUCCUGGUGUUACCCACAGGCGCCCUGGUGUUGCUGAUUAUGUUGCUCCAAAAUGUGUCCCUAAAAGCACAAGCUUUUACACAAAUUUUUCUCUGGGAACUGGGCAUCAAUUUUUCAUUGAAGGAAAAUCCAUGAUAGGACUUCAAGAUUGGUUCCACUUAAGUCAUCAGUCUAUUGGUCCAAACAAUUUAACAUUCCAACUUCCACGACCAAAUUCUUUCUGGUGGGAUUACACUUUCGAUACAGCUUAUAACGGUGGUACUUCGCUAUCUAUAAAUACCAGCGGUCUAUUAAUUUUACCAUUUGCUAGACUUCCUCUCUAUAAACUUUAUCUAGAAACUCCUCUACAGACACCAUUAAAACUUAGUGUCACAUAUCUCCCAAAGCAACCAGAUAUAAAAUUUUCCCCGUAUAUAAGAAUAGGAACGAAUUCAAUUAAUAAUUCUAUUCAAAAUUUUACUAUGUCUGAAGGAGCAUAUUUUCCAGACUCUACAAAUAUCGUUCAAAUUGAAUUGAUUUCUGAUUCUGGUGUUGUUAUAUCUAAAUCAUUUGCCCCUACAAACACAAUUUUGAGGAAUAAUGGAUGGAUCACAUCAGAAUUCACUUUAACUAGUUCAAUUUUUAAAAGUGGUUCUUCAAGUACCUUAGGUGGGGAUGUUAAUGUUAGAAACGAUUUAGUAAUCCAGGAAUUUGGAAUUUCUAUAUACAAUUUAAAGAAUCCUACAUCUCAUAACAUUACUAGACAAUUAUUGGGAUACGUUGGCGAACUUUCUAUUAUACCUCAAAAUUUAAAACCUGAUAUAAAUAUAGAAAUGGUUCAAAACGUCAAGUUUGAAAGAAAGAUUGUUAAUACACCUGAUUCAGAUGAUCUAAGUGAUGAAGUUACUUUUGUGUGGGGAAUAGUCAGAUGGAACGAUACGGUCAUUCCUUCUGAAAAGGAUUCCUCAACACACUCUGACAUUAAACUUAAUGCAGGUACUUCUACUGAAGGAGAAAAACAACGAGUAUUAGCACCAGUUGUUACAAAUUUAGAAAAUACAUUUGCAUAUUAUAAUAUUUAUGUUGGGGUGUCACCAUCAUCUUCUAAUUUAAGUUCGUCUCCUAAUUUAAGCGAGAUAACAUUUUUAGGAAUUUCCGAUAACACUCAAUUCUCAAUUUGUGGUUAUGGUGUCAUGAAAAGUGAGAUUGAAAGUGGAAAUGGAUUGGCAAUAUGGGUUCAAGGGGUUUAUGAAAUUGAUGGGAGUGGCGUUGAUAAAACAAAGUGGGGGAUGACUUGGGUUGAUUUAAAGAAUUGA